CGAUACAAGUAAUUUAAUAGGUUGCAAAAAUUGACCUUUGCCUUAAUGCCCAAGGAUGCACGUUCCAAAGUCGGUCAUUCCUUCCUUCAAUUAACGCUUUCUUCCACCGCCUAAGCCAGUCCUUUUUUCUUUCCAUGCCGGUUUCCGUUACCUCUUCCCCUUUUCUUCUCUUUUCAUUACUACCAACUCUUUUAAUCUAAUUUCCCCCAAAUUCUUUUAUUAUUUUGCUCAUAACCCCAAUUUUCAAUUUCCUCUUUCUUCCCUUACGUUAUGGACCCACCAAUUCACCAUCCACUUGGGAAACGCCCUGCCGCCGAGGACGAUUCCGUAAUUUCCGAUUGCGAGAGCGGGGUUUCCGGGGGCGACACGGCGGCUGGCUUUGUGCCGGCCGACGAAAACGCCGACCUCGUCCGGACCAGAUUCGUUCGUGGCCUGGCCGCGCACGGGUUGAAACCCGAGGUUUUGGCGGUUGGCAGAAACGCGUGUUCCUCCGUUAUGGCGCAAGCGCGUCAACAUUCCUUUCACGUUUUUGCACGUGCCGUGGCCAAAUUGCGCGACGGCAAUGCCAACGUCAAGUUCGCCUGGUACGGUGCGUCCAGUAAGGAAGAGAUAAGCGACAUCGUUCAGAAUGGUUUUUUCGGUCACGCUCACGGUAACGGCCUGCGUCUCUUUCCACAAGAUUCUCCACUUGAAAGUGUGAAGAGUUCUGUUGUGGACAAAGACGGUUUGAGGCACUUGUUGCUGUGUCGCGUUAUCUUGGGGAAGACAGAGUUGGUGCCACGUGACUCCAAUCAAUGCCGUUCGAGUUCUGAGGAGUUUGAUUCUGGUGUGGACGAUCUUUCCAAUCCAAAGGAGUAUGUUAUUUGGUGUAACCAGAUCAACACUCAUGUUUUGCCCGAAUAUGUUUUGAGUUUCAGAUUUCCUUCACCAUUGAAAGGGCAUGUGAAGAUUGGGGAACCUUUGAGGCCUUCUUCGCCGUGGAUGGCAUUCCCAGCUUUGAUUUCGGUGCUUUCGAAGAUUUUACCUCCCCCUGACAUUGCCUACAUUGCCAAGUUCCACAAGGAUUAUAGAGAAAAGAGGAUUUCUCGAUAUGAGCUGAUACAGAAAGUGAGAGUUAUAGCUGGCGACAAAUUGCUAUUUUCCGUCAUCAAAUCUUUCAGAGCCAAGAAAAUACCUGCAAGCUUUAAAGCAAACAAGGGGAAUGAAUGGCAGGCGGAAAGCCAGCAGCUCGAACGGUAUGAUUGUUCAUAUGGGAGUUCUAUUAACUAUUACAGGAAGUGAAUAGAAUACUUGAAGAAACACAAUGCUCAGACUAACCAAACAUACAUUGAGGGUGCAAGUGCAACCACUGCUUAAGAAGUAGAGCGUCAUUUGAGACCUUUUAAAUUGUUUUUAGGGUGAUAUACUGAUAUAGUUGAUUUAUUUUGAUGAUGAUGAUGAUAGUGUAGCAGAAGAAAUAACUUUUGCUUUCUGGUUGGUUACAGUUACUGGUUGAAAUAAAUAUACUUCGGUUUGGACAUUUACCAUAGUUACUC